AUGGCCACCAAGAUUCCGCUCAUAACACUUGAAGAGCAUUUUGUUUCCAAAACCAUCACGGAUUACUAUGUUUCCCAGGGCCAGGAACAAGUCAUACCUGAAAAAGUCAUGGACAUUAUGUCGAAAUUACUCGAACUCGGCCCUAAGCGACUGGCAUCAAUGAAUAAUGGCAAAGUGAGCAUCCAAGUCAUCUCGCACAGGCCAAAUACUCUUGCAAUUCCACCCGAGAUCUGUACCGCCACAAAUAAUGAACUGUACGAUGCCAUUCAAAAUUCUCCUGACCCAACCCGCUUUGCUGCCUUCGCAAUGCUACCAACAGCGUACCCAGACGCCGCGGCCAAAGAAUUGAAGCGAUGUGUUGAAGACCUCCAUUUCGUUGGCUCGCUAAUUGACAACACAACCAACGAUAAAUACUACGACGACGAGUUCUUCUGGCCUAUUUUUGCGGCCCACGAGCAACUCGGUGUACCCGUGUAUCUCCAUGGCGCACCACAUGUGCUGGACCAGUCCUCCGCAUACCAUGGGAACUAUCCACCUGCGGUGUCCGAUUUCCUUGCGAACUUCGGUUUUGGCUGGCACUCCGAAGUCGCCCUACACGUGUUGAAGCUGUUCGCCUCAGGUCUCUUCGAUAAGCAUCCGCGACUGAAACUCAUUCUAGGUCACAUGGGCGAGCACCUCCCAUACACUCUGGAACGCCAACACCGACUGAUCCAAAAGACUUGGCCAGCGGCCACGCGUCCUCAGAGGCAUCUUUUACAGGUCUGGCAUGAGAACAUCUACGUAACAACGAGCGGAAUGUUCAGUAUGGCCCCAAUGUCGUGCUUGAUACACAUGUGCUGUGCAGAUAAGGUACUCUAUAGUGUCGACUAUCCUUUCUGCAGCAAUCAGGAAGGUCUUCGCUUCAUUUCUGCCCUACGGGAAAGCGGCAUGAUCAAUGAUGAAGAUUUCGCCAGUAUUGCAUACAAAAACGCCGAAAGGUUGUUGGGGCUUCGUGUUCCUGACAGCAACAAAAUCGGACUAGAGAUGGGCAAGGACGAGACCCGACUGAGACCCUGGUUGAGCGAGGACAGUGCGAACGGCGAUCCAUUCCCGCAUAGUCCACUGGAUACUGUUAGAGAAUAG